UUCUGUUUCAAUUACUGACGACUUAACAAUGGCUGAUCCAGAGAAAACCAGAGAACAACAAUUGCUGAAAGAGGAAGAACCUUUCAGAAGGAAUGCUUUUUUGCUCAUCGAGAAAAUGUUGGAUCUCUAUCAACCUUCAGCUCACGCUAAAGCCUUAGUGGAUGAGAUUCUUCACAGUAUCUUCUUUUGCGGAAAAAUCCACAAUCCACCAUUUUCACCAGAAAUGAUUCUGAUUGAUGUCGAGAUAAUAAAAGAGUUGAAGGACGUCUUCCCUCGGCCUUUUGAACUCUUCUCCUCUAGGCUACCCAGGCGGGGUCCAUUUUCAUGUGUGCUAGACAUGAUUGUCCACCUGAAUGGAGGAGAGAAUGAAAACAAAAUCAUAGAUGUCCUGCGAACGCUCAUCACUGACCUGAAGCUUCGUGAAUCAAUGCAUCUGGUCUCCUCCACCAUCUGUUUCUCUCACAAAACAGAGAUCCAAGAUCCAGUCAAGUACUAUGGAGUCUCCAAUUCCGCUCCAGAUCCUAGGCGGAUCAUGUAUGCUGCGUCCUGUCUUGGUGGCUGGGACAGUUAUGUAGCUGGUGCAGUGAUGACCUACCUUCCGAAGAAGAAAAAGAAACCAGAUUUUGAUGGAACCAUCGUACUUCCAAGUAAUGUCAGGUGCCAUGCGUUUAGCCUCUCUGAUGGAAAGGUCAAGUCUCCUUGCAGAUCAUGUGGUAAUUUGUUUGGUUUGACAACAAGUGAAAUUGCUGUGAAUGAAUAUGGCAAUUGUGCCGAAGUUGAAAGUUUGAGCAACUUGUUUAAAAACGUGGUUGACGUCAAAGAGCAGGCACGACCAACAUCUGAGAAGUACUCAGAUCUGAAGAGGGCGAAGGUUGAAAAGCUGGUUAGGACAGAUCUCAGGAAUUGGCUGUUGCAUAAGGGUUUCCCAUGGGAUCAAAAUUUCUACACCCCUCAACCAGUUUGAUCUGAAAAGGGGAAAUGAUUGAAUAGAUGAUCACAACAUGCAUUGACGCUUAAUCAGCCCAGAGCUGUCAAUGUAUAUAUUCUUUUCAACGCUCCUUGUUAAUGGUCAAGUACAAACAAUAAAGAUAUGAAUUAA